CUCUCCAUGGGUGAAUAUAGUUUAGGGGAACCGGUGUAAUUUUGGUUAAAGGACAUCUUAUAAGUAGAGAUGGACAAAUAAUACAUUCUAUGCCUAUUUUCAUGUCAGUUCUACAAUGCUGCUUCUCACAGGGUGAUCAGCUUCUGGUUCAUCAGAAAGUGGAAAUAAUGGAAGUUCUCACGGGAUGGGAGACUAAUAAUCAAUAUGUGGGAAAAAACAGUUUAGGGCAGCAGGUGUUUUUUGCUGCUGAGGAGAGUGAUUUUUGUACUGCUCUGCAUUCUGCACCUGUAUUUCAGCUAGAGGUUCAGAACCCCCCAGGGAACCCUAUUGGUUAUGUAAUGCAAAACUGGCAUCCUUUCUUACCAAAGUUCACCAUCCAGAAUGAGAGAAAAGAAUCUGUGGGGCCAUUCUGUGAAUGCAAAUGUUGUUCUGAUGUUAUUUGAGGUAUGGUGCAUAAACUAUACCAUAAAUUAUACUGUCAUGUCCAUAAUAUGAUAUAA